AUGAGUGAGACGUCUGAAUCUGAGAUACCGCUAGACUCAGUCAACCGAGGUGACAGACACGGGAAGGACAAGUCUUCUUCCAACAAAUCUGAUGCUUCGAUCCCAGACGACAAUCAAGGCAAUAAUAGUAGCAUUAUCCCUACACAUCUAGACUCAGCUAUUGCGGGAGAGCCACACGCGCUAUACCAUUUCAUUCGCGAACAAGCUCAACUCCCACCACAGAUAGGCCUUCAUAUCAAAGGCUACGGGUUUAAAGAGGGCGGCGAAACAGUGUUGAAUUUUUAUAUCAAUUUGACGUAUUCGGUAAUACGGAUUAAUCAUGAAGACCGCGAAUGGAAUGAAUUGAAAGUUGUUCGCGAUGGAGACGGGGUAGGAGCCUAUCGCGGCAGUGGAUCGCUUACUCUGCAAUGGAAACCCGGUCGACGCUUCAGAGUAUCUCACAAGAAACAAAAUUUGAAGAAUGGAGUUGAAGAGUAUGAAGGCCAGAGCCUCCUGGGAAUCAACGAGGAUACCUCGAAUGGAGCGGAUUUGGCCCUCAUGACCUGGUGUGAACGAUUCUGUCGCGACCCUGCUGGGAUGAAGGAAUUCAAAUUGCGCCGGUUGCUACAGGGAUUCGAUUCUUCAACCUUGAGAGCCGAGGUACUUCAUUACCUACACUCGAUAGUCCGCGGUGACCAGAGUAUCAAACGAGUCACUGCCGACUGCCAAAUCAGCUCGUCAGUGUUCACGGUCCGUUCACCACACUGGCUUAACGAUCUAGAGGACAGCAAGUUGUUCUGUACUUUGAUAAUCCUGACCCAAUUAUGGAUUCUUUAUCUACCUUUCAUGCAUUUUUUUCAGGGGAACUAUGAGGUUGUGAGCUCGUGUUGGAACACAUCGAAGGUGAUUAGAGAUGAAGAAAGACCCUGUGGGUUUAGCAAAUUAUAUGCCCGUGGUCGGGAUGAGUCAAAGUUAGUGGCUUUUUGGGCUCCUGCUAUUGUGCAAGCAAUAAAGGAUCGAGAAAACAACGGGAGGACUCUCACAUUGGGAUACUUGGAAGGCCUCGAGGAGCGCAACCGGGAUCGUGCGGCAUACGGGGGUCGUCAUCAAUCAUAG